AUGAAUAUAACUAUUCGAGAACUUCAAAUAAAAGUAGCACAACAUAUGACACAACCAAAUAUGAAAACAGAUGAUUCCAAACUACGGAAUAUAGUGAUGCAAAUGAAUAUGGGUCAAGGAAAAACAUUAGUUAUUUUGCCAAUGUUAGCUGUUAAUUUGUCUUCAUCUAAUUCCAGUUUAGUUCGUAUUAUAGUACUUAAAUCUUUGUUACCAACAAAUCAUCAAUCAUUAGGAUAUAAAUUAGGUGGCUUACUUAAUCGACGUAUUUUUCCAUUUGCAGGCCGUCGUGAUAUGAAUUUCAAUGAUGAACAAUUAAAUCAAAUUUUGAAACGCUUUCGACAAGGACUAUGUAACUAUGAUAUUAUAUUAACUUCACCACACUAUAAAAAAAUAGGCUUAUUACGGAAGCUGUUGUCCGGGGGAAGAACCUUUGAAGUUUCGUAUGAAUCUACCGAACUUUAA